AUGCCCUUAUCAUUAACAUCACAACAGCACAAGUCGGCAAGGAACCUAGUGAUCAGGCUUAUACGGCAUUAUGGCUCCGAGAAGACCGUUCGGAAGGGCUAUCGGCCUGCGUCACUUAUCCAGGCUGCUCUCGAGCACGUUAAAUCGCCGGAUACCUUUGUGACUUUCUUCCUCUCGUAUAUCCAUAAGGACCUGCUUGAUGAUGAAGGACAUGCCUUCGAUUCUGAUAUUACUCACGCCUUGGAAUUCUUCGAAGGAUUUUCUUCAUGGGAGCCAGAACAAAUAAACAAGCUUCACGAGAGCCUAGAAAUGUUUGCUGAGUAUAUCGUUGAAAAUUUUCUCCUUCCCCUUAGAGUAUCAUCAGUCAAGACAUCACAGCCAACGCCCAUAUCGUUAUCAUCGCUACAGAACUCAACACAGAUCGGAACGUGGCAGCAGACUUGUCUUCUACGCGACCGCCACCGCUGUGUAGUGUCUCGCAAAUUCGAUAGAGCAGCAGCCAGAAAGCGUUUCGAGGAGAAUGCGGAAUUUUGUGCUGAUGAUGACGGGAACCUAUUGAAGGAUGAGUCUAGCGAUCAAUUUCAAUACUUGGAGGUUGCCCAAAUUUUCCCUUAUUGUCUGACGACGGUAGCUUCUGGUGAAACCGAUUUGAGCGAUUCAAAGAAAAGUGCUCUUCGGAUCUUGGACAUAUUCGAUCCCGGAAUAAUCCAUCUUAUUGACGGUCCUAUGAACGCCCUCACUCUAACGCUAGACUACCACCGGCUAUUCGGCGAAUUCAAGAUCUAUUUCGAACAUACUGGCAUACAACAUCAGUACAGGAUUGACUCUACAGAACGCAGUCCUUUCUUACGUGAUCCCUUGUUUCCCGUCACCCGAUCGCUUACCCUAAGUCUCCAUCACACGGUAGAUCCGCCAUCCCCCCGGCUUCUCAAUGUCCACCGCGCCAUUGCACUUAUUAUGAAACUUAGCGGCGUCAGCGAAUAUAUCGAGCAGGUUCUUCGUGAUAUGGAGGAACUGGAUGUCAGAGAAGAUGGAUCGACACAUUUGGGAUAUCUUACAGGCCUGCGACUUGACGGGUGGUUAGAUACCUAG